GGUCCUCACCGGUGACGUAAUCACCAGCGACAGGAAUACAUUCAAAACAUUGAUCUGUUUGGUUGUUUAGUAUUUCUACAGUAUUAUAUGCUAGGAGCUUAACAUAAUGGCGUUGGAGACUGUCCCUAAAGACCUGCGCCAUCUGCGGGCAUGUCUUCUUUGUUCGCUGGUGAAGACCAUUGACCAGUUUGAAUAUGACGGCUGUGACAACUGUGAGUCCUACCUCCAGAUGAAGGGGAACCGGGAGAUGGUUUAUGAAUGCACAAGUUCCUCAUUUGACGGUGUGAUAGCCAUGAUGAGUCCGGAGGACAGUUGGGUGGCCAAAUGGCAGAGGAUAGGCAACUUUAAGCCAGGUGUAUAUGCUGUGUCAGUGACGGGCAGACUACCUCCAGGUGUGGUGAGAGAGCUGAAGAGCAGAGGAGUGAUCUACAAAUCCAGAGACACAGCAGUCAAGACUUAAACCGACUGCUUCCAGUUUACGUCGUCUGAUUAGCCACAUUAGAACGGUAUCAUACUGCAGCACCAACCCCAGGAAGAAGUUACAACUGCUGGACUGUUCAAUUCUUGUGUUUUUUUAUGAUUAGAAAAAUUAGCAUCGGUGAUUAUCGGUGAGAAAAAGUGGAUAUUUCUUAUUUUCUUUCUUUGAAUAAUUGAGGAAAAAUAAAAGUCUGUUUUUAUA